UUAAAAACGAACAGCAACCCCCGAAGAUUGCUGCUUCAUCGGGCCUUUAUUUUCAUCAAACCAAGCCAAUCAUGACAGAAUUACGACACCGAGCAGGGACGGAAACGGAGCUGCAGCAUCAAAACUCGGAGGAUAAGUUCAGGACAGUGAGGUACAAGUCUUCUGGAUGAGCUGUGCUUUCUGCAGAGUUAGACAGUGUUUGGAGUGCAUGGACUGAUCUUCAUGCUGUGUACAAAUAAAGGGCUCUGAGACGGAGGGCAAGGAGAAAGAUGGAGCCUCGGAUAAUGAGACUAAGUCAGACUCUGGGGUUCCUGAGGUUCCCGUUCCUGCCGAUGACACACCAGAGGUUCUCAACAAAGCCCUCUCGGGCCUUUCCUCACGAUGGAAGAACUGGUGGGUGAGGGGCAUCCUCACUCUGGCUAUGAUUUCUUUUUUCUUUAUCAUUAUUUAUCUUGGUCCGAUGGUGCUGAUGAUGAUUGUGCUGUGCGUUCAGAUCAAGUGCUUCCAUGAGAUCAUCACAAUUGGUUACAGCGUGUAUCACUCUUACCACCUGCCAUGGUUCAGAACACUAAGCUGGUACUUCCUGUUGUGUGUAAACUACUUCUUCUAUGGUGAAACAGUGACUGAUUAUUUCUUCACACUGGUGCAGAGGGAGGAGCCUCUACGCAUCCUCAGCAAAUACCACCGCUUCAUUUCCUUUGCCUUGUACCUCACAGGGUUCUGCAUGUUUGUUCUGAGCCUGGUGAAAAAACACUAUCGCCUGCAAUUCUACAUGUUCGGCUGGACUCAUGUGACCCUGCUGAUUGUGGUGACUCAGUCCCACUUAAUCAUUCAUAACCUGUUUGAGGGGAUGAUCUGGUUUAUUGUGCCCAUUUCCUGUGUUAUCUGUAAUGACAUCAUGGCUUACAUGUUUGGUUUCUUUUUUGGUCGAACCCCUCUCAUCAAGUUGUCUCCUAAGAAGACAUGGGAGGGGUUUAUUGGUGGCUUCUUCGCCACCAUUGUUUUUGGCAUCCUACUGUCCUAUGUGAUGUCAGGUUACCGUUACUUUGUGUGUCCUGUGGAGUUUAACAACGACUCCAACCGUUUCACAGUGGACUGUGAGCCAUCUGAUCUCUUCCAGCUUCAGGACUAUGGCCUGCCGGCAAUUCUGCAGUCCAUCACGGGCUGGACCACAGUAAAGUUGUACCCAUUCCAGAUCCACAGCAUUGCCCUGUCUGCCUUUGCCUCCAUCAUGGGACCUUUUGGAGGCUUUUUUGCCAGCGGCUUCAAAAGGGCCUUUAAAAUUAAGGACUUUGCGAACACCAUUCCAGGACAUGGAGGAAUCAUGGACCGUUUUGACUGUCAGUACCUUAUGGCUACAUUUGUAAAUGUUUACAUCGCCAGCUUUAUCAGAGGCCCAAACCCCUCUAAAGUCAUCCAGCAGCUUCUUGCUUUGAGACCAGACCAACAGCUCCACAUCUUUAACUCGCUCAAGGCUCAUCUGACAGAGAAAGGCCUGCUCCCUGCCCUGGAAGAAGCAGCCUAGCUUUUCAGACCAUCCAAGGGACAUCCCAACAGAGUGGGCUGAGAAUGCAACGGAAGCAGAUUCAGGAAUGUAUGGAAGUGGGAGAUGAGAUGAAGAACAUAAGAAGGGAAACAACGGAAAGCUGAACCACAACCUAGGGUCAUUCCAUUUUCAGUGUGUGUGUGAGUGAGUGAGUGAGUGUGUGUGUGUGUGUGUGUACCUCUGUGUUUUUGCUUAUUUAAUUUUUUUGUGAAUGUUUUAUGUUUAUCUCUUACACCAUAAAAAAAAUAUUCUAUAUAUUAUAUUAAGAUAACAUUGACGUUGUUGUUACAGUUCUUUGUGAGUUGAGCUGUACAAUUCCACUCGUGUGCAAAUAUUCUGUACCUAUUAAUUGCCUGGAUAUUUUAUAGUGUUUCUUAUGUUUCAUUUUGUUUUAAUGCACUGCUCAUCACACUGUAAUUUCAACCUCAGGCUAGCCUUUGUUUAGUUUUUGCUAACCGGUGUUUCCAUACCCCAUCAUUGUUCAAAAUGACUGCGAGAUGACUGGUCUAUGUAUGCUGUAGCUCCUGGAGCUAAGGAGAAGAUUCAGAUGUCAUUAUUCAAUGUUUGAGAGGAAGUUAAGGCCUCAUCAGAUUAUAAUUAUUUGGCUUUAAUGUUUGUUACAAAGAAACAUGUAAGCCCAACAAAUAUGAAGUAACUUUAAUUAUAUUGUUAACAGUUAAUAAGAAUUCGCACUGAAAAAUACCAUUUAGAGACACUGACAAACAUUUGUCACACUGAAUGUUAAAUGUUUUAAGAAUUACUGUUUGUGGUCUAAAUCAUAGUUUUAUCAUUUCUAGUUUUAUUUGAAUGUUCUAUUGUCACGAAGCAGUUACAAGCUAAUCUUAGUCAAGCUACGGGUCUUGUUUUUGUGUGUGUUUGUGAACUCUUACAUACUAAAUGGUUCAUGAUCAGGCUGGGCCAUCUUCACUGCAUGAGACCACGUCCACCACGUCUCAUUUUAGAAUUCUAUUUCAUUUUUUGUUUUUACCAUCACCUGCUGUGUAAACUCUAACAAAAAAAGGGUCAGAACUAUUGUGUGUUUCGUGUAAGGUGUUUUGUUUCCCUCUUAUACGUGAUGUCAUUAACACACGUGCCAUAGACAUUAUUUAUUUUAACCUUAAUGGGUGCCAUCGAGCAGCUUUAAAAGAGUAGUGCACAGUAGUGUUAUACAGUAAGCUGUAUGAGGACGUAAUGGCUCAGGAUAGUCUGUACAUACAGUCCACUGCCAUUCAUCAAUAAAGAUCCAUGAGCACAUACUUUCAGACAUGUGUGUAUUGACAUGACUGAUAAACUAUUGAUGGGCGAGUCAUAUCUUGUUUUUCAGUUCAAAUUUAUUUUUCUUUUAAUGACCACAGGUCUUGAAAGAUACAUAGGUAGCUUAUUACCUGAGUUAUGUUCACUUUUGUUUUGCUUUUGUUCAUUAGCAUGAUUUAGAUGGACAGCUCAAGCCAAAUAGCUUAAGUAUGGCGCACAGAGUGGUGAUGUUACAAUAAUAAACACUGCGUCACGCUGCUGAAGAGUUAUGACCAUAAAUGUGUGUGCACAUUUUGAAGCCCCUCCAUAUUUUCUCCAUCCACCGUCAAUGCAUGUUUUGUAAUGUAUUAAUUUAUUUUUUUCAACUAGUAAACAAACACAUUAUCUUCAUCUGUUAAGUGGUGCUGAUUGUUUUUAAGUUAUUUUAUUCAUUAUGAUUUUGUGUUAAGUCAGUACAAUCUGCUUAUUUUAUAUAGAGAAUUACAUUAUAUUAGAAUAUAAGAUUAUAUAGUAUAUGUUUGACGUAGAGAUUAUUCUAUUCUUAUUUUUUCCUCUAAGCCAGUCUGUGCUCUGUGUAUGUAUUAGGCCCCUGUGCUGAAGCAUUCCCGUACUGUACAAACUCCAGAUGUUAACAGAGCAAUUUCAAAGUUUUACAGUCAACAGAGAGUUACAGAGUCACUGAUGUCAGGAGGGUGAGCAGAGACAUAAUGCGUUUGAGUGUGGUGACCGUAAACAUUUAUAAAGAGACACAUUUGUCUUAAAUAAAGUCUUAAAUGCAUGCUAAAAUAUCUAGCUCUUGUUUCUGUGAUGAUAGGCCUACAUUGCAUGCUGAAGUAAAACACUUCUGAUAGAAUCUUCAGACUCUUGCGCGUGCCGUUCAUAGCCACUAGUGGGCACCAAACCAUCUUUGUGUGUGUGUGUGUGUGUGUGUGUGUGGGUAGGGUUUAACAAGUGUUAGAGAAAAGCAACUAACACGGUUCAUUACAAUGUUAUGAACGGGUUUUAAACGGGUCAUGAACUUCCUUUUUAUGUUGUUGCCCACUUAUAAUGUUAUUAAGAUUUUUACAUAAAAAAAAAAAAACAUUAUAAUUUAAAAGUAAUAGGCUGUUUCUGUCCCGUGGUGGAUUGUAGACACCUACUGUUGUUUCUGGCUAACGGUUGUGUAUGUUUGACAGCUUAAUUUAUAUCCUUCAGAGAUAGUGUGUUUUAGGUUAAAACACAUAAAAACUCAGUAAUUGCAUAUCAAGAAACCGUCAUAGAUCUUCUUUUGAGGAGGCGGGGUUUAACCAAACUAUUAAGUCAUAAAGUGGGUUAUUCCACAAGCUGUAGUUUUGGCAGGUUGGCUUCAAGAUAAGCUGUUUUUAGACUAACUGGAAAGAUUUGAGUUCUGAAACUCACAGGAGGUUUUUAUAGUACAAUGGCUUCUUAUGUGUCAAAAGAUAAAGGGAAUUUUGAAUUCUCAGUUUAUGACCCUUUUAAUGUGCAGCCUUACUUCUCUUAUUCAUAAACACUGCCAUGACCUUUCAUCCUUCUUAGAAAGUAUGACACACAUACACAGAGAGAAACUGACCACAGUGCGAUUGUGCUCUCUGUAUUUCUGGAAAAUUAUUCAUGACCAUUAAAGUAAAAACAGAAAUGUUUAACCCACUCAGACAUGUUAAGCUCUUUUGGUUUGCCACUGAUAGGAAAAAAAAACCUUGUCUCUAUUAAACAAAUUAACAACAACAGCUCAAUAUGUUAUUUGUCUUUAAGUAUGGUCUGUAUUUCUGUUGUAUUUGGAUUUGUAAUUUUGAUAAAGCAGAUAAAUGUGCUUUCCCUGCUGCUUUGUGUACAGUGAUUUGCUCAUUUGUAAAUGGUUAAUAAAAAGGAAAGCUCAGUAUAUAGAAAUGUACUCAAA